AUGGCGAUAAUAAGCCAAACAUGGACGCUCACGCGCAAGAACCUGCUCAUCGUCCUUAACCGACACACCACCGCCACCGUCAUUCGCGCUUUUUUCCUUCCGGUUAUCAUCGUCGCAUUCCUCAGUUUCGCAAAGAACCUCUUCGUCCCUUACGCCGUCUUCGGCAUCAGCGAUGUCCAUCCUGUGCGCUCCCUCGCCGACGGCCUGCAAGCCUCCAGCGGAACCGGCCGCAACACCGUCGCCUUUGUCAACAACGGUCUGCGCGGCGGAGAGAUUGAUCGGGUUAUCGAAGAGCUGGCCACUGUUGUUCGUGAUGCCGGCAAGAACGCCUCCAUCGCUGAAUCCGAGCAGGAGUUGGUUCUGACCUGUCGCGCCUCGUUACGCGGCGUUACCCCCUGCUAUGGCGCCGUCGUCUUCCACUCUUCGCCUGAUGAGGGCCCUGGUGGUUUUUGGAACUAUACCCUCCGUGCUGAUAGUGCGCUGGGCACCGGAAAGAUCAACGUCGACAAGGAUGACAAUGACGCCCAGAUUUAUAUGCUUCCUCUACAGCGCGCCGUCGAUGCUGCCAUCACCCGCAACGGCGACAAUAAGCUCCCCGAGAGACAGGACGAAUUCCCCUUCACCUCGCUCACCAAGGAAGAGCGCGCCGAUCGUGUCAGACAGCUGUACCAAAAGACCAUCUAUAACGUUCUGGGUGUUACCUUCCUCAUCAGUGUUAUCGGUGUCUGCUACCAUCUGGUUGGCUUCAUGGCUUCGGAGCGCGAGACGGGCAUGUCGACUUUGGUUGAGGCCAUGAUGUUCACCAAGAGAACCUGGGAGGGCCAGGCUGCGCGUCUGCUGUCGUAUCAUCUCGGCUUCACCAUCCUCUACCUGCCUGGUUACGUGGUCAGCUCCAUCAUCAUGUGGGCAGCCGUCUUCAAGACAAGCAGCAUUGGCAUCCUCAUCAUCUACCAUGUCCUUGCUGGUCUGUCGCUGGCUUCCUUUUCUAUCUUGGGCGCUGCCUUCUUCAAAAAGUCACAGCUCAGCGGUAUCUCUAUCGUCAUCCUCUACAUCCUGCUCGGUGUCAUUGCCCAGAUCGUCACCGCACCCAAGACCGCCACCGUUGUCGUCCUCAGUUUGUUGUUCAUGCCUUGCAACUACGUCUACUUCAUUUCGUACCUUGCUCGGUUUGAGGCCAAGGAGAUGGCGACCAACCUGGGCAAGAGUGCUCCUGAAAGCCCCUGGCAAGUGGCCGGUAUUGUACUUUGGAUCUUCCUCAUCGUUCAGAUCUUCGUCUACCCCAUUCUCGGUGCCAUGAUUGAGAGAUAUCUCCACGGAACGACUUCUUCCACCCGCAACAUCGUGUACGGCGAGAACUCGGAGCUGGGACCCGACAAUGCUGUUCAGCUGGAUGGCUUCACCAAGAUCUACAAGCCGGGCCCUCUGCGCAACAUGUUUUCGUUCCUGUCCAAGCCCAGAGAACCCGUCGUUGCUGUCAACGGUUUGACUCUCACUGCCCGUCGCGGUCAGAUUCUCGCUUUGCUCGGCGCAAACGGAUCCGGCAAGUCCACGACUCUUGACACCAUCGCUGGCAUCAAUAAGCUUUCCAGCGGCAACAUCACCAUUGACGGCACCGGCGGUCUCGGCAUUGCUCCUCAGAAGAACGUGCUUUGGGAUGAGCUCACGGUCGAGGAACAUCUUCGCAUCUUCAACCGACUCAAGUCCCCCAAGCAGCUCGCCACUAAGGAGGAGAUCUUGGAACUUAUUCGCGGCGUUGACCUCGCCCAAAAGAUUAACGCGAGAUCCGGUACUCUCUCUGGCGGUCAGAAGCGCAAGCUUCAACUCGGAAUGAUGUUGACAGGUGGCUCCGCCGUCUGCUGCGUUGAUGAAGUCUCCAGCGGUAUCGAUCCUCUCUCUCGUCGCAAGAUUUGGGAUAUCCUCCUCGCUGAACGCGGCCGUCGCACCAUGAUUCUCACUACCCAUUUCCUGGACGAGGCCGAUCUUCUUGCUGACCACAUCGCCAUCAUGUCCAAGGGCACGCUCCGCGCCGAUGGUUCCUCUGUCGAACUCAAGAACCGCAUGGGUGGCGGAUACAGAAUCCAUCUGAACAACGCCAAGUAUAUCACGAAUUCGCCCGACGUCUCUGGUGUGCAGAAGAAGGUUUCCCCCGAGGAGAUUACCUACAUCGCUUCCAGCUCAGCCUCUGCUGCUUCGGUUAUUAAGAGUUUGGAGGCUGCUGGCAUCUCGGACUAUCGCUUCUCUGGGCCCACUAUUGAGGAUGUGUUCUUGCAACUUGCUGAGGAGAUCCGGGCGGAGGAUGGCGCGAGACUCGACCAGUUCCAAAGCACCGAUGCUGUCCUUGGCGCACAACGGAGCGCUGAGAAGCAGUCUUCGACUGAGAUGGUUAACGACGCCCCUGUGGAGGACACAACCAAGCCUGGUCUCAACCUCCUGUCUGGUCAGCGUAUCGGAUAUCUCAAGCAGGGCGUCGUUCUGUUCCGCAAGAGGAUGACCAUCCUCAAGCGCAACUGGUUCCCUAUUUUUGCUGCAUUCCUCAUUCCUAUUAUUGCUUCCGGCUUGGUCACCCUGUUCGUUAAGGGCAAGGAUCCUGUUGGCUGCAACCCGGCUGAUCAGUCUUCUCGUCGUGUUGCGCAAAACCUCUUCGCUUCCGACUUUGACCUCUACAUGGUCGCCGGUCCGUCGGACAAGUUCUCGACUAACAACCUCGCAAGUCUUUUUGCUCCCAUCUACAUGGCUGCUCGGGACAACGCUACCGGCAGCGGCAUGAACCCCCUGGGCCUGUUCAAGAACAUCACGCUGGUUGACAGCCUGGACGAGUUCAACUCUGCUGUGGUGCAGUAUCGCAAGGACAUCACUCCCGCCGCUAUCUGGCUUGGAGAUGACAACUCUGUCCCGACCAUGACCUACAAGUCCAACAGCGUGGAACUGUUCAGCGCUUGGUUCGGUCAGUGGAUCACCGAUAUGGUGCUGUCCAACACCACGAUUGCCUCCCAGCUUGUCAACUUUGACAUCCCCUUCUCUCCCGACGCCGGCAAGUCUCUCCAGAUGCUUGUGUACAUGGGCCUCGCAUUCUGCGCCGCUCCCGGUUUCUUCGCUCUAUACCCCAACCUUGAAAGAAGGCGAAAUGUGCGUGGCCUGCAAUACUCGAACGGUCUUUCUGCCUACGCCUUCACAGCCGGUGGUCAGGUCGUCAUGUUCCUCAUCUACCUGAUCGCCUACAUGUGCACCAUCACCUACGGCCCCGUCGACAAGGUGGACGAUCUGCUCGUUGUGGUGCACUUCGUCGUGGCCAUCUUCGCCCCUAUCGGCUCGCUCACUCGCGCCCUCUUCAUCGCGCUGAACCUCUUCUCGACUGCAUGCGACGGUGACGAUCUUGCCUCGUACCCAGGUGGUAUCCUCCAGUACGGCGGCCCGAUCCUGUACCUGAUCAUCCAGUCCAUCAUCCUCUUCAUCCUCCUCGUCUGGAUCGACGCCGGCAACCCCGGCUCGACCCUCAAGCAGCUCUUCAGGCGCAAGCCGUCCACCGCCCCGCCCACCGCCGCCCAAGAAGCCGCCGGCAUUUCCGACGAAGAAGUCGCCCAUGAGCUCGUCCGCGUCAAGUCCUCCACCAACUCCACCGGCGCCGCUGGUGUCAACAACACCGACGGUCUGCAAGUCGUCAAUCUCACCAAGACCUUCGGGCGCAACACCGCCGUGGACAACGUGACCUUCGGCGUGCCGCACGGCCAAGUCUUUGCCUUGCUCGGUCCCAACGGUGCGGGCAAGUCCACCACCAUCUCCGUCAUCCGCGGCGACGUCAAGCCCGACUUCAACUCCGGCGGCGACGUCUUCGUCGAGCAAUCCUCCGUCACCCGCUCCCUGGCCGCCGCCCGCUCCAACCUGGGCGUCUGCCCGCAGUUCGACGCAGUCGACACCAUGACGGUCCUCGAACACCUGCGCUUCUACGCGCGCGUGCGCGGCAUCCCCGCCUCCGGCAUCGAGUACAACGUCGAGCAAGUCAUCCGCGCCGUCGGCCUGACGCAGUUCCGCGACCGCAUGGCCCUGGCCCUCUCAGGCGGUAACAAGCGCAAGCUUUCCCUGGGCAUCGCUUUGAUGGGUAACCCCACCGUCGUGUUACUGGACGAACCUUCUUCGGGGCUCGACGCAGCUGCCAAGCGCAUCAUGUGGCGCACUUUAGCUGAAACCGUCCCUGGUCGCUCCAUUCUUUUGACCACGCACAGCAUGGAAGAAGCCGACGCACUCGCCGGCCGCGCAGGCAUUCUGGCCAAGCGCAUGCUUGCCAUGGGCUCCGUUGAUUCUCUACGGAAACGCUUCGGCGAUACAUUGCACGUGCAUCUCGUCUGCCGCGGCGCGCCGCGCACUUCCGAGUCGCAGAUUAACCAGAUCCAUGCGUGGAUCGAAUCAACGUUCGGCAGCCAAGCCGAGUUGGAAGGGAAGACGUACCAUGGGCAGAUGAGGUUUUCCGUCCCUGCCGCCGUCGUCUUGUCUCUCACCACUGGCGUCAGCAACCAGAGGUCAGAUAAGGGAAUGGCAGCUGAGGAUAUCAGAGAGACGGAGACGGCGCAGAGCACGACUAGCGCUAUUGGCAAGCUGGUGGUGUUGCUGGAGGAACAGAGGGAAGGGUUGGGCGUGGAGCAUUUUAGUGUUAGUCCGACGACCCUGGAUCAGGUUUUCUUGGAGGUGGUGGGGAGACAUGAUGUACGGGAGGAGGGGUAUGCGGCGGAGGGUGGGGAGGAGAAGGGUAGGAAGAAGGGGUUGAAGGGGUUGUUUAAGAGGAAGUGA